UUCCAGACUGACCUGCACUGACACAGCUCAUUUAAAAGGAAGCACACAUAUUCACACGCUGCCCCUCCCUCUGCCCAUCACUGCAUUUCAUCAUGCUUUCCUGUGUAAAAUACUGUUACAGAGUCCAACUCCAUAACCAUCUUAAAACCUUAAAGCUGUCAAACAGGGUGAGUCAUUUUGUGCCUUUUUGAGUGCCUUUUGUAAGGAAUUCGUUUUUAAGAAAUUAAUUCGUAAUGGUUGAAUUAUGAAACGGAAUAAGCAAACCAAAAAAAUGACACAACUCUAAGCCUGGGUGUAACAAGGAAACUACAGUACCACAGAGAUUGUUAUAUACUGUAUGUGCAAAAUGUUUUUGCAUAAUUUUGGUUAAUCGUGUCUUUCUUUUAAAUAUUUUUUGAUGAAUUUAACUUUUAGAAGUUCUGAUAAAUGAGGUCACCUGUUCUGCUGGCUUGUUUCGUGGGAUUAUGGACUACUGUAAAUUCACUGAAGAUCUGUGCCUUCAACAUACAGAGCUAUGGGGAAGCAAAGGCCAGCAAGAAGCAGGUUAUGGAGAUUUUGAUCAAGAUUAUUUCACGAUGUGAUCUGAGUUUGAUUCAGGAAGUUCGAGAUUCUAGAGGUAAAGCCAUAUCUGCGCUGUUGAUUAACUUAAACAGGUAUGACAUAUCUCACAUUUACACCCAUCUGGAAAGUAAACGAAUGGGGAAGUCAACAUAUAAAGAGCAGUAUGUGUACAUUUACAGAAAAAAUAUGCUACAGGUGCUUGAGCAAUACCAGCACCUUAAGUUAAAUGAGACAGCGGCCGAAUCGCAGGUGUUCUCCAGAGAGCCGUUCAUCAUCCGGAUCCAUUCUCCCACAACCUUGAUUAAGAACUUUGUCCUCAUUGGUCAACAUACUUGUCCAAAGAAUGCAAUGAAAGAAAUGGAGGUGUUGUACGAGGUCUUCCAAACAGUCAGAAAGAAAUGGAAAACUGAGAAUGUGAUGUUUCUGGGAGAUCUAAAUGCUGCUUGCAGCUACACUACUAAUAAAGGACUGAGAAACGUCCAUCUCAGGAGUGACCCAAAGUUCCAUUGGCUGAUUAGAGAUGAGCAGGACACCACAGUUCGAGACAAAACACACUGUGCUUAUGACAGGAUUAUUAUUCAUGGCAAAGAACUCAUUUCUGGAAUAGUUCCAGAAUCUGCUCAGCCGUUCAACUUCAAACAAGAGUUUGGUCUCUCAGAAGAAGAGGCUUUGGAAAUCAGUGAUCAUUAUCCUGUAGAGGUUGAUUUAAAACCGAACCAUCGCUACCUCCUGCGGCAUGAACUGUGAAAAUGUGCGAACAUGUGGAAUCCUGCUAAACAAAAAUAUAUGUAUCUGUAUUCCACAGUACGAUACUGUACUCACCGAAACUCAUGCUUAAAACACCAACAUCAGAUAUCAUUUUAUUUUUACCACAAUGUUGCCCUGCAAUAAAACACUAACAGCAGUGCCUCGUGUAACGGAGGCCAGCGAGAGAGAGCUGUGCGAGUAAAACUCACUCCCCGACCAACAGACAUGCUCUAGCGACAGAUGCUAGAGGCUGCGGUCUUUAGCCUCCUCGUCAGAGCGCCUGUCUCCCAUCCGGACCAACGCCGGUUCAAGGCCCGCGCAGAGCCAUGCGAGUAGGACUGGUUACACUCGCAUGUACAGUUGCGUUUACUGGUAGCAUGGAAUGUGACCUCAUAAGUGAUCAAGUGAAAUGCAAUAUACAAAUUAUUUUUAGCAAUAUUUCAUGUAGUACAUUUAUAAUGAAAAGUGAUGAAUGUAUUUAUUUUUUAACGAAUCUUGCAAUUCAUUAUAGGAUUGCUUGUUUUGCACAACAGAUACAUCCAUUGGUGCCUUAGUAUCUAAGGUACUUUUUAAUAACAUACUUCAGACACAUUUGUCAGUUGCGAUGGCUUCAAAUGCUGCCUUCCUUCAUAGCUUCUAGAUUUGGAGCAGAGCAAUAGUCAGCGGUUUAGAAGCACUGAAUUAGUGCCAUAGAGAGAAUAUAAACAGAGACACCAAAGUCAUUUAAAACAACAGAUGUUCUCACCCAAUACAUUGUUAAACAUAACAACAGGAAGAAAAGCAUUGUCCCUGUUACUAAACUAAUAAAGCCAUGCUGAACAGAAGAUCUCUUUCAGCCAAUAAACUGUUGACAUAAAAAUAACUUAAAAAGAGCCAAGAAUGAGUAUGUUUUGAUAUUGUGAUGCUUUAGUGCUCAUCUAUAUUAGGCUAUCUUCAAAGUUUGAUGUUGGUAAGAGCGUUGAUAUCGUUUGAUUUUAAUAAUAAUAAACCUGUCUUUAUUUUCCAUGCCUCACUAUCCUAAUAAAAAA